AGAGCGUGUAUGAAGUGCAAGGAAAAUGACGUUACCCGACAUCCCGGCGCGGUAGAGUGCGUUUUCUUUCGAUCGAGAACAUUCCUGUGCGUUCGGAGGCGGUGACUCGACGUCACAGGCAUGACGUUGUGCAGUUACUUGAUACCCCCGUAGUAGCGGAGCUCUGUGCAGCAUCCCUAGUCUCGCAGUCACUGUCAACAUUCGUCGUCUUGGCGGGAACACAUCCACGCGGCGGUGGCGGUAGCGGCGUCGCCAUGGGCCGGCCAGCAGCACCAGCGGAGCCGGACUGGCGCACGAGAUUUCAGCGGGAGAAGCGACAUUUUCUGCGAAGAAACUCGUGGAAAGCCUUCAGAUGUUAACGUCAGAUCCCGACAUGGACGAGCUCCACCGCGUGGCAGCUUCUUUCGAGCGAAAAAUGUUCUCAAUGGCGACCAACCAGGACGACUACCUCUGGAGGAUUUCCCAGAAGAUGUUGUACAUAAAGAGCAAGGCCCUCAUGCUGCAAGCAAGGAACACCAGCUCCGUGGAUUCAUCAGGGCCAGUUACCAGUGGGAGGCGCUGGCGGCUAAGGACGCGGCUGCAGCCGUGCCCGAGCUAAGCAUCAUUGACCUUAUCAUACGGACACUGGCCGACAUCCUUGGACGCAGUCAUGUGCGCUACACCCGCUUCAUGGUGCGGCAGCUGAUCUUCUGUCAGACGACACUGGAACACCAGGGAAUCCAUGUCAUCCGCUGGCUCUCCAGGGGCGAGGCGGUGAACCGCCUCGUGGACGUGCUCCUAGCCGCCAUCUUGCUGCUACGUGAGCACGGGAGUGACUUGUAUGAAGUCGUUACUUCGUUCAAGUUUCAUUUUCUCCUGCGCUUCCUCGCCGACAUUCUGACAGAGCUGAACAUCCUCAACCCAACGGUUUCAGCAGCGCCAGGUUGACGUGACACUCAUGGCACACGUGGUUGAGCAAACCAAGAUGUGGAUCUCGGCGCGCUAUCUUAGCUCUGGGCCUGGGCACGUCUUCGGCCAUGGGGAGAAGCUCCAUCUGCCAGAGUUCAUCGCGGCGCAUGCGGCUAAGGACAAGCGGGUAAUGAUGGCAGAGGGCGUCGACGGUGACGGAAACCCGCAGUCGUUCUCCUUCGAACUCCACGAGCGACCGCUGCCGGGCCAAGAUUCUGACGGCGAUGUGACAGCUUGCUUCAAGCUCUGCGUCAAGUAUGCUCGCUCCGUCAACAUGUUCCUCGACCGCCGCCUUAACGAUCUGCGUAACCUGGAGGGGACUAAGUUGUUCCUGGACAAGACCUACCUGGAUGACGACAUCCUGCGGGUUGCGGCCUUCAAGAAGUGGCUGAAGCAGCUGGACGGCCUGUUUCGGCACAAGCUCCCAGGAUUCAAGUACAACAAUGCAGUCACGGAGCUAUGGAUGUUCACAUCCACCAUGCACUCCCAGCAUCAUCAUGAGGACUUCUUCCAGGCGCUGAGCAACACGCUGCGUGACAGCAACUGGCAGCUCAGCUACCCCAACAUCAUGCUCAUUUGGCAAGCUGUCGCCGUUCUCCCGCUGAGCACCGUCGACUGCGAGCGCGGUUUCUCCAAGCAAAACCUGAUAAAGACAUGGGCGCGAGGUAGCAUGGGCGACAUCACCCUCGGCCAUCUCAUGCGGUGCUCCCUGCUGGACUAUGACGUGGACUGGUUCGACGUGGUGGCCAUCUUUCGUGGAGAAAAGCCCCGCCGCACUAUUCGAGACUUCACCGGCGCCAUCCCCAGUUCGGCGCAGUUUGCUGAGCUAGAGAACGCAACCCCCUCUGCUGCUCCCAGCUCAGUCGGCGGUGGGAAUAGUGGGUCUGCAGAGUGAGAUAUCAGUAGGAGUUUUAGUGACUGCCGUGAGACUCACAGAACAUGCAGUAGUAGUAGUAGUAGGUUAUCUAGCUAUGCAUUGAUAAUGCUAGAGACAACGUGCUUGUAUGUAUGCGAGAUUUAAAAGCACUCCAACGUUUGAUUGACU